AGCAGAGUCAGCUAACAGUUGCUGGGAGAUGCCACAGUCUGGAACUCUACUAUAGAUGGACAUAGAUUUCUGUGGCUUGGUAAACCAUCUGGAUUUCUUACAUUUAGGGUGAAUCCAAUUAUUUGUUCUUUCCUUUGGAGGGUGAAAAGUGUCUUCCCAACGAGACUAAGAGAGAUGGAGUCUUUCCUCUUGGAUGACAUCAGCUCUGUGAUACAGAACAAAGGCAUUGAGAGAAUCAUCUCACCAAUGAUCGUUCAGCUUUGCCAUCUGCUUAUCUCAAUGGAGAGGAAAGAAGUGGAGAAUGAAGUAUUUGCCUCAUUGGAGAAGACGGCUGAGGAACUGGCGAAAGCUUGUGAAGACUUCGUGCGAGUUGCCAAAAGGCUUGCAGGAGACUCUGAGGAGGAGUGGCUUAGGGAGGAAAUGGAGGCUGCUGUCCAGUCUCUGACCCUGUUUGGAAGGAACAUCACGCUGGUGGCUCAGAGACUCCAUCUUCAGCCAGAAUGUCAGCACCACCGGGAGGAGCUAGUGACCGCAGCUCAGCAGAUCCUGGUGAACACCACAAAGGUCCUGCUACUUGAAGACACCGCGAUGGCGAGGAAAAUGGUGCGGGCGGCUGGUUGGUGCCUGACCUGCCUGGACGCGCUGGAAGCGGCGGGAGACGCCGCCUCGCUGCGCGGCCCCUUCGCCGACCUGGCCGCGGCGCUCCUGCGCCUGGGCGAACUGGCGGCGCACAGGCCAGAGGAGCGCCUGGGCCGCGCGGGCCGCCUGCUUCGGGGCUGCGUCCCCGCACUGAUCGCGGCCGCCCGCGGCCACCUCCGGCAUCCGCGCGAUCGGCAGCUGGCCGCCUCCCGGCGCCGGGUUUGCGCUCUGGCCAGGAAGGCCCUCGGCGAGCUCCUGGUGCGGCUGGACCCCGGCGCCGCGGCCUCGGCGGCCCGCACGUGGAACGGCGCGCUCGCCCGGAGCCUGAGGCAGUUGCACGAGCUGCUGGUGGCGCCCGAGCCCGAGCCCCUGCACCUUGGCCUGCUGGAUCCGCCGCUGGCUGCCGUGGUCUGGCACUGCAUGCGCCUGGCCGCCUGCUCUGCGCCGCCCGAGAGGCUGCACCUGGUGGCCCGCUGCGGCCGGCUGCUGCAGUUGCGAAGCGCUGGCGCCCGGUGCCUCACCGGGAUCGGCGGACCUCCGGGGAGAGGCCGGGGAAGGACGGAGCCAGGACAAGAGCUUCUGCACAGCAAAAGAAACUACCAUCAGAGUGAACAGGCAACCUACAAAAUGGGAGAAAAUUUUCGCAACCUACUCAUCUGACAAAGGGCUAAUAUCCAGAAUCUACAAUGAACUCCAACAAAUUUACAAGAAAAAAACAAACAACCCCAUCAAAAAGUGGGCAAAGGAUAUGAACAGACACUUCUCAAAAGAAGACAUUUAUGCAGCCAAAAAUCACAUGAAAAAAUGCUCACCAUCACUGGCCAUCAGAGAAAUGCAAAUCAAAACCACAAUGAGAUACCAUCUCACACCAGUUAGAAUGGCAAUCAUUAAAAAGUCAGGAAACAACAGGUGCUGGAGAGGAUGUGGAGAAAUAGGAACACUUUUACACUGUUGGUGGGACUGUAAACUAAUUCAACCCUUGUGGAAGUCAGUGUGGCGAUUCCUCAGGGAUCUAGAACUAGAAAUUCCAUUCGACCCAGCCAUCCCAUUACUGGGUAUAUACCCAAAGGACUAUGAAUCAUGCUGCUAUAAAGACACAUGCACACGUAUGUUUAUUGCGGCAUUAUUCACAAUAGCAAAGACUUGGAACCAACCCAAAUGUCCAACAAUGAUAGACUGGAUUAAGAAAAUGUGGCACAUAUACACCAUGGAAUACUAUGCAGCCAUAAAAAAUGAUGAGUUCACGUCCUUUGUAGGGACAUGGAUGAAAUUGGAAAUCAUCAUUCUCAGUAAACUAUCGCAAGAACAAAAAACCAAACACCGCAUAUUCUCACUCAUAGGUGGGAAUUGAACAAUGAGAACACAUGGACA